GAAAAAUAAAGGAUACGCGGAAUGGGCAGACGUGCUUGAACUGCAGUACAGCUUCGCGGCUGACUCUCUGUGCGUGUGGAAACCCUAUCUUUGAUCCACUGCAUCCGAAGAAAUCUCGGUAUUUUUCAAUCAGAGAUCAAUGCAAAUGAUGUUGGGUGCGAUAAGUCGAAGAGUCUCUUGCGGUGGCUCAUCUGCUUCGUUUUUGGGGCAGUCAUUGCGGGUGGGUCGGUUUGUGGAGUUUACUUCUAAAUUUUCUUCCAUUGUGGAGAAAAAGAUUUUGCUUCAGCCAAGAGGAAUUGGGCAUGUCCGGGAUUUUUGUCACCUCAUUUUAUCAAGUUGUGCCGUUAGUUUAAGGCCAACAAGGGAAGUUGUUGCUGGGAUUCAGCGAGAAGCUACAAUGCAAAUUUGGAGUAGGCCAUUCUCUUCAGACAAUGGGGAUUUGAUUGAUGCUGUCGUCCCUUUCAUGGGUGAAUCCAUCACUGAUGGGACUCUGGCAAAGUUUUUGAAGAAUCCUGGUGACAAGGUAGAAGUAGAUGAACCGAUUGCUCAAAUUGAAACAGAUAAGGUGACAAUUGAUGUUGCUAGUCCUGAAGCGGGUGUGAUCCAAAAGUUUGUAGCCAAGGAAGGGGAUACCAUGGAACCUGGUACAAAGAUUGCUGUGAUUUCAAAGUCUGCUGAAGGUGUAGCUCAGGUCGCUCCAUCUGAGAAGACAUCAGAGAAAGCUGCUUCUUCACUGUCUCCCCCUACUGAAAAGAUUGAGAAGCAAAAGCAGAAAUUGGAAACUGCUCCUGUUACUGAAAAGCCAAAAUCAUCUUCCUCACCACCUCCCAAACAUGCAGCUACAGAACCUCAGCUGCCCCCUAAAGAAAGGGAAAGAAGAGUUCCCAUGACGAGACUCCGAAAACGGGUUGCUACACGACUGAAAGAUUCUCAAAACACAUUUGCAAUGUUGACAACAUUCAAUGAGGUUGAUAUGACAAAUUUGAUGAAGCUCCGAUCUGAUUACAAAGAAGCUUUUGUUGAAAAGCAUGGAGUCAAGUUGGGAUUUAUGUCGGGAUUUGUGAAGGCUGCUGUCAGUGGGCUCCAAAAUCAGCCUAUUAUAAAUGCCGUCAUUGAUGGGGAUGAUAUCAUAUAUAGAGAUUACAUAGAUAUUAGUAUAGCCGUUGGUACACCAAAGGGCCUUGUUGUGCCAGUUAUCCGCAAUGCUGAUAAAAUGAACUUUGCUGAGAUCGAGAAGGAGAUCAACACACUAGCGAAGAAGGCAAAUGAUGGAUCUCUAUCUAUUGAUGAGAUGGCCGGAGGUUCAUUUACAAUAUCUAAUGGUGGUGUUUAUGGAAGCCUUUUGAGUACCCCCAUCAUCAAUCCCCCUCAGUCGGCAAUAUUGGGUAUGCACUCGAUAGUGACCCGUCCCAUGGUUGUUGGAGGCAACAUAGUCCCAAGGCCAAUGAUGUACAUAGCUCUAACCUACGAUCAUAGGUUGAUUGAUGGAAGAGAGGCAGUUUUCUUCUUGCGUCGUAUCAAAGAUGUUGUAGAGGAUCCUCGCAGGCUGCUUCUUGACGUAUGAGCACCUAACUGCAGCCUGGUAUAUGAUCAUUGUUUUCGGGUAUACCUUGAAUUGGAUACAAUUUGAAUUUAUAUAAAAACAAAAGUAAAUUUCCCCAUAUUCAAGUUUUGUAGGUCUCAUUGGUUAGCUUGACCCCAAUAGUGGGUUCUACAUAUGCGGCUUUAUAUACUUAAAUUGGAAAUGAGAUUUUUCUGUUA